GAGAGGAAGAGAGACAGAUUCACAGCCCUCAAGCAGGGGAACUCCCUUCUAGGUCUUUUUUAUAGGGCGGCGGACGGACAAAAGAGUGCACCCAGCAGGCUUUCAUUACAGCCAAAGCUCUGUCAACCGUGAUUUCAUUCCAGCAAGAUCGAGAGUUUAGUCAGUUUGCAGUUUAUUUUUUACUGUGAGCUUCAUUAUCGAUGGGCUUAGUUUUUACUAAGGAGGCAUUACAAAUGUGUUUUUGUUGGCUGGUAAAAUUUGGAGAGGAAUUUUAGUGGGCAGAGACGCUAUAGCUGGACAACUCCUAAAAGAAGACGAGGACUCAAUCUGGAGGACGAUAUAUAGAAUACAGUCCAAGGUAACCAUGCAAGCUGGAGUAUACCAACGGCGCCGCAUUGUUCUGUUUACAUUGGCUUUACUGGUCAUGUCUGAGGUCUGCAGGAUCCAGGGCUGUCAGACUGGCUCAGGGUCAGAGUGUGAGAAAGCCCCCUUUGUCCCGGGCCACAACCUGGCAGGGGAGGGUUUUGAUGUGGUGCGGAUGCGUCGAACAGGGGCAUAUGUCAUCAAUGUCAAAGCUCAUCUGGCUGACAACCACACCUGUACACUCUGUCCAAAUCGCUUCCAAGGAGGAGAGAUUCAGAGGCUGCCAGCUGCAGUGCUUGACUGGCGUCCCUUCAGUCGCUGCAGUAAGCAGCUUUCUAGUGCUCUCCACCACUCUGUGGACUCCCUGCUGCGGAGCUCCAACUCCCUGGUCAACAACAACUGGGGCGUGGGCUUGAGUUUAGAUAAUAUUGGCAAGGCCGUGCUGGGAGGAAGCCGCUCAGACUUGGCAAAGUUUGCCCGAUCGCAGCACAGUGUGGACAAGGCCACCUUUGCCAUCCAUGAGAUCAGUUGCACCUACUACAGCUACAGGCUGGCCGAUCAUCCACAGCUGAGCACAGAAUUCACAAAGCAUCUGAAGAGACUCCCACAGAGCUUGAAUACGAGCCAGAACCGAGCCCUCUAUAGGCGGUUGAUAGACACCUAUGGAACGCACUACAUACACCAGGUCCAGCUUGGUGGUAAGGUGAGGCGAAUCACUGCCUUCAGGACCUGCCUGGCCACACUGAAGGGUUUCUCUGAGUCCGACAUCAAAAACUGCCUGAAUUUUGAACUCCGAAUGGCUCUCGGCUUCCUCCCUGGCAACGCGUCCAUCUCCAACAAGUGUGACAACCUCCUGAAGGGAAACAUGAGCAUGGGCUUCUACCAAGGCUUCAUGACGCAUAAGAUCGAGGUUAUCGGUGGGGAGAGGUACUUCCCUGAUAUCCUCUACCAGCAGGAUCCAUCUGAGGCAUACCAGAGCUGGAUGAACAGCCUCCAUGACAACCCUGAUGUGGUUUCUUACGCCAUCUUCCCUUUGCAUCACCUGGUGGAUGACCCGCAGAUCAGUUCUAAUCUGAGAAGCACUGUCUCAGAAUAUAUCAAAGAUAACCAGCUGCAGGAGGAUCGGGCUGGUUUCAAGAACUGCUCCCCCACGCCCAACCUGGACCAUAACUGCUGUCCUCUGCGGGCUGGCAGAGGAACUCUCAGACUGGAGAUCCACAGGGCUGCAGGUUUGAGAGCGGACACCUUCACAAAAACAGACGCCUAUGUGAAGAUCUUCUACAACGGCAUGUAUGAGGAGACCGACACGGUGAUGGACGACAAUGACCCGGUGUGGAAUGUGACUUAUGACUUUGGAUCAGUGGAACUGGGUCAGGCAUUGAGGUUUGAAGUCUGGGAUAGAGAUGUGCUAUACAAUGACAUAGCAGGUCGAUGUGUUGUCUUCCCAGAGCGAGGAACUCACUCUCUGAGCUGUCAGCUGAGAAAAGGAGUUCUCUAUUUCACCUACACCAUCAAAUGUGAUGCUCAUUUGACAGGUUUCAGGUGUGGACGAUACUCCCCCAACGCUGAGUAGACUAUCAGAAUAUAAUGUGUUGAUGUAGAUUUUAGUAUUUUCUCUGUGAAUAAUGUAAAACUUUCAAGUGUCAAAUUUUUCAGCAAGGGCUAGUGAACUGUCAUUUCCCUAUGCAGUUUUAAUGAAAAAAAUAUGUCAACAUAUUGAAUGCCAGACAAAGUUGUACCCCUUUUGUUACAUUAGUAGUCAAGUAAGUCAUUUUCUAUGUAGAUGUCUUGUAAUAUUUCAGUGUCAAUAAACCAAAGUCAAAGUGCUUUUACAUUAAACAUUACGCAAAAUAAAGUGAUUUUGAUUUGGACAUUUAUUGUCAUAUGUCACCUUAAGUUGUCUAAAGUCUGACACAAUGUUGUAUAUUGAUAAUGCACCGACAACCACAAGGGUUACACACACUCAGCAUUUCUACACACUUGCUCAUUUAAAAUGACAAAUGUAUUUAUGUGCCAUAUACAGUAACAAAUGCAGUAUACUCCAAGGUAUACAAUAUAGGAUGUCAGUUACUGUUCAUGAGCAGGUUCUCCCUUUACUUCACUAUAUUUGUGUUAUUUCAGCGCAGUGUCUCUUGGAUGCCUGCUGCUUACAGUCAGCUUUGCCUCUGUCUAUAGCC